AUCUCAACAUCGAGAAACCGCAAUCAUUCUCUACCGUCUUCUUCUCAUCAUCUCUGUUUGCAUUUGCUAUCAAUUCAUCCAGCACAAGCUCUUUCUAUCUCCACAGCAAUCCCAGCAGCUACAAAUGUCGUGGUCUCAAAAGACAAUCACAAUGUCGCCCCGUACGCGAGGCUGCUACCUCGUCACCGACGAAAUCGUGCAGAAUCUACCUGAGCUCAAAGAUUACAAGGUCGGCCUGGUCAAUCUGUUUAUGCAGCAUACCUCUGCUGCGCUGACCUUGAACGAGAAUUGGGACUCGGACGUGCGCGCGGAUAUGACUGAUGCGCUUGAGAAGAUUGCGCCCGAGAGCUGGAAUUAUAGACAUGAUGCCGAAGGAAGCGAUGACAUGCCUGCUCAUGUCAGAAGUAGCUUAAUCGGCGCUUCAGUUACCAUCCCGAUCCGCGACGGUAGACUGGCCACCGGCACAUGGCAGGGAAUCUGGUUGUGCGAAUUCAGACGCAUGAGACAUUCGCGAAAGGUCGUCGCCACGAUCCAGGGAGAGAAGUUCAAGUAAUUCACGCAGCAGCAGCUUUUUCUAUUUUGUUGAAACGAGGAUUCAUGUAGAGUCUCAAGCUUUUUGUAUCUCAAUCUUGUCAUAGACUUGGCUGGCGAUACGAGAUCAUACCUCUUUGGUUGCCUUUUAUAUAAAGCCUUUAUCAACACUUCCAUCCAGCAUAUUAUAAUUUAGUCCAAAUCGCCACUAGCAAUGCUAUAGCGUAUAAUCUCUAAUCCCCACUCAUCAUCCCGACAGCAAUAACUUGUAAUAGAUAUCCACCGAAAACAAAGUCGAAUCCGGCCAAUCUAACCCUUGCCCCGAUUCAAUCUAUAGGCUGAUAAUUUAGAGUUUAAAGCGAUAUUGUCCCAUCU